AAAUUUAACCUCGUACACUGAUUGACAUUUUCCGUUCGUCGAUUACUUUGACAUCCCAAAACAAAACGAGAAAAAGCGCAUAAAGUUCGAAGGAUACCGCACAUGCAGCCAACUGUGUAAUAUUUAGGGGUUUUAGAAGCAAAAUCCGACUGUUUUUGCUUAUUUAUCACGUUUCCCAUUUCUUCGCGCGCUAACGUGUUGAAAAAUGAACGAAAAAACAGCAAGUUCCUCGAAGGAGGAAAACUUGUCCGAUUACCAACGGCGCCGCAUCGAGGAAAACCGUCAAAAAGCGAUCAAUCUCCGGCAGGCCCGGCUUCUAACGCAUCCGUACAACUCCGACAAGAAACCGGCGGAAACGGCCGUUUCGGUAAACAACGUGAUUAAAGUGUCCGGCACAAAGUACGUCGACAGUGGCGGUGGUUUCCUAAUCGAACAACGAACCAACCCGGUUGAAGAGGAACAUGGCGAGGAAACGGUACCCGGCCCGGAAUCGGAUGCCGUUCCAGUGCCUGUGGAGUACGAUGAGUGUUUGGAGUGUGGUGACCGGUUUGCAGAUUCCUACCUACUCAACACAUUCGACUAUUCCGUGUGCGAUGCCUGCCGUGAUCCGGACGGUCAACACUCGCUUAUCACGCGUACCGAGGCCAAACAGGAGUAUCUGCUGAAGGACUGCGAUUUGGACCGGCGUGAGCCAGUGCUGAAGUACAUUAGCCGCAAAAACCCGCACAAUGUGCGCUGGGGAGAGAUGAAGCUGUACUUGCAUCUACAGAUAGAAAAGCGCGCGCUGGAAGUGUGGGGCAGCGAGGAAAAUCUGAUGAAGGAGAAGGAAGAACGGGAGGAAAAGCGCGAAGUUGCGAAGGUGAAGAAGUACAACAAGCGGUUGAAAGAGCUGCGAAUGGACGUGAGAAGCAGUCUGUACGACAAAACCGUGCAGGCGCACGUGCAUUCGUACGGCGAUUCGGAAGUGUACAACGAGGCGGACGAUACCUACACGCGAACCUGCGAGUCCUGUGGGCAUUCGGAAACGUACGAGAAAAUGUAGACGAGUUCUCCAACCUCCAAUCAUCUUAUGUUAAUUAGCUACUAAGGCCUACGGGGUUAGAUUUACGCUCAUGAAGAUUUGUAUUAACGUUUCUCUUGCAAUUAUCAUUAAAACAGAUAAUUUUAGCUCCUCCGGAAGAAAAGAAGCUGGUUUUAA